CAGCAAAAACGUCAGCUAGCUGAACAAUCGGAUGCCCUCUGUGUCCUCGCAUCGUGUUAUGGAUGCUCAUCCUUUCUUCCCCGCACUAGAGUCUGCACAACGACUAGCCGACGUGUUCUGCUAUACUUGCAAAUUCAGGGCUACAUCAUAGUGAAACCUUUCUUCGUUCGUUCAAUCCUCGUAUACCUUUCCAUAAAGUAUGUACGGUACAUGUACAUCUACAACUUGAGUGUCACUUCUUUUUUUGUUUCACAUUUUCACUCUACGAGACUCAUAUUUUUCAGUCAUUCAAGUGAAUGGUUCCAUCGCUAUAUAUAAUCCUCUGGUGCAAGUUCCAACUCAAUCUCAGCGAACUAAAACCUGCUGUGCUAUGUGCACUAUGAAGGACUCGUCGAUGUCGCAGCUUUUGGCCUAUGUGCUCUUCCUGACGAUCUUGCUCACCUCGCCGGCCACCUCGGCCGCCGGCCUCACCAUGCGUGCCGACCUGACCCACGUCGACAGCGGCCGCGGCUUCACCAGGAGGGAGCUGCUCAGCCGGAUGGCCGCUCGUUCGAGGGCCCGCGCUGCCAGCCUUCACCAGCGCGGCGGCCACUACGCCCACCCGGCGACCGCGCCUGUGGCACCCGGCACCGUCGGCGAUUUCGGUACCGAGUACCUCAUGCACUUCAGCAUCGGCACGCCGCGCCCGCAGCACGUGGCGCUGACGAUGGACACCGGCAGCGACCUCGUCUGGACGCAGUGCACACCCUGCCCCGUCUGCUUCGACCAGCCGUCCCCAAUGUUCGACCCCUCCGUCUCCAACACGUUCAGGGCCGUCGCGUGCUUCGACCCCAUCUGCCGGCCGAGCACCGGUUUGCCCGUUUCUGCGUGCAGCAUCAGAAACUCUCAGUGCUUCUACCUCUGCUCUUACGGCGACAAAUCCAUCACGGCGGGAUUCAUCUUCAGGGACACCCUCACCUUCAAGGCGCCCAACAGCAAGGGUGGCACAGUCGCCGUGGCGGAGCUCGCAUUCGGCUGUGGCGACUACAACACCGGCGUGUAUACUUCGAACGAGUCCGGCAUCGCCGGCUUCGGCCGCGGGCCGCAGUCGCUGCCAUCGCAGCUCAAGGUCGGCAAGUUCUCGUACUGCUUCACGUCCAUGUUCGAGAACAAGACCAGCGCGGUUUUCCUGGGCACGCCGGACGAUCUCCGAGCGCACGCCACGGGGCCGAUCCAAUCCACUCCGAUCAUACAAAGCCCUGCGAUCCCAACCUUCUAUUACCUUUCGCUCAAGGGCAUCACCGUCGGCAAGACGCGGCUGCCGAUCAACGAGUCAGCGUUCGCUCUCAAGAAGGACGGCUCCGGCGGGACGAUCAUCGACUCCGGCACGAGCUUCACCACCUUCCCGCAGGCUGUGUACGGGCAGCUCCAGAGCGCGUUCGUGGCGCAGGUGCCACUGCCCGUCUACCGCAACACUUCAGAGGUCGGCGACAAGCUGUGCUUCUCCUUGCCGCAGGGGGUGGACGCCGCGGAGAAGGUGCACGUGCCGAAGCUGGUCUUCCAUCUGGAGGGUGCGGACAUGGACUUGCUGCCGGAGAACUACAUGGUGGUGAACGGCGGGGUGAUUUGCCUGAUGAUCGACGGGGCGCAGAGCGACAUGACGCUCAUAGGUAACUUCCAGCAGCAGAACAUGCACAUCGUGUACGACGUGGAGAACAAUAAGCUGCUCUUCGUGCCGGCGCAGUGCGACAAGCUGUGACACUUGUACCGUUGUACGUACGUGAUGCGCAAGCGCGUGCGCUUCUACCUGUGUUAGUGCAAAAUAAAAACGUCACUGUCCAUCGAACAAACAUUGGGGCCGACGUGGGAAUCUUUACGAA